AAUAGAGGAGUUGGCAUUUUAUCCGUCUGUACGUAGCUCACACUAUAGUUUGGGAAUGCAAAGGCAAUUGAUGUCAAAACUGAGGUGGUGUUACGAUGUAACGUUUGAGCGUUAAAGUUUGGAAACAAAGUAGUUCCCAAGAGAACUCGAUGCUUCCGCCGGCGUCUUCCUCCGCGACCUGCCACAGCCAACAUGGCGUCGCUAGUCCUUCACACAGUGCCAAAGAACUUAAGACACAUCAAACAUGGACUUUGGAUGAACGCCCAGCUUCGUGUCUCUGUCAGGAACAUGUCUGCGUUCCAAGACAGCUGGUUCAAGUCUCUCUUUGUGAGAAAGGUGGACCCCAGAAAGGACGCCCACUCACACCUGCUGGCCAAGAAGGAGGACAACAACCUGUACAAGAUCCAGCUUCACAACGUGAAGCCCGAGUGCCUCGAUGCUUACAACGACCUCUGUGAGGGGGUGUUGCCCUCUAUCCACGCUGACCCCGAAUACCCCUGUGAGCUUGUAGGAACAUGGAACACUUGGUAUGGAGAACAGGACCAAGCAGUUCACCUGUGGAGGUAUCGAGGAGGUUACCCCGCCCUUACGGAGGUGAUGAGCAAACUCAGGCAGAACAAGAUGUUUCUGGAAUUCAGACAAGAGCGUGGGAAGAUGUUGUUGUCUCGCAGGAAUCAGCUGCUACUGGAGUUCAGCUUUUGGAAUGAACCUGUUCCUCGUCCCGGACCCAACAUCUACGAGCUGAGAUCCUACCAACUCAGGCCUGGCACCAUGAUCGAGUGGGGCAACUACUGGGCGCGCGCCAUCGAGAUUCGUCAGCAGAACCAAGAGGCAGUGGGUGGCUUCUUCUCCCAGAUCGGAAGUUUGUACCAAGUUCACCACUUAUGGGCCUACAAAGAUCUUCAGUCGAGGGAAAACAUCAGAAAUGCGGCCUGGCAGCGAGAAGGCUGGGACGAGGUGGUUUACUACACAGUGCCCCUCAUUCAGCACAUGGAGUCGAGAGUCAUGAUUCCCAUGAAGAGCUCGCCCCUGAAGUAAGCCCCCCCCCAUCGUGAUCACCAGAGACGCUUUUGCUUCUAGAAGCUGACCUGCAAUCUUCAUCACCAACAUCCUUGUCCUCUUUUGAUGAAGACACACCAACUGACCGAUUGAUUGAUUGUUUGAUUGACAGGCGCUUAUCACUAACAUAGAUGUUUAACCA